ACACACACACACACACAUAGAUGAACUUGGACUAUUGAAAUCAGAGGCAGGAGCGACUGUUUUUUCUUCUACUCAAAAUUCGUAGGUGUUUCUCUCUCCCCAUACACACACUACUUGGUGAGGAAGUGAGAGGGAGAAAGUGCCUUAAAACGAUGUCGCACAACGGGAAAUUGAUGCCCAAUCUGGAUGAGAAGAGCACCAAGUUACUCAAUUUGACGGUGCUACAGAGAAUCGAUCCCUUUGUUGAGGAAAUUCUCAUCACCGCCGCACACGUCACCUUCUACGAAUUUAACAUCGAUACUAGCCAAUGGAGUCGGAAGGAUGUGGAGGGCUCUCUUUUUGUCGUGAAAAGGAAUACUCAACCGCGGUUUCAGUUUAUAGUAAUGAAUCGUCGGAAUACUGAUAAUCUAGUGGAGAAUCUCUUGGGAGAUUUUGAGUAUGAAGUGCAGGUUCCAUAUUUAUUAUACCGAAAUGCUUCUCAAGAGGUGAAUGGAAUAUGGUUCUACAAUCCACGUGAGUGCGAAGAGGUUGCAAAUCUAUUUAGUAGGAUACUUAAUGCAUAUUCCAAGGUGCCAACAAAGUCAAAAGUAUCUCCAACAAAAAGUGACUUUGAAGAACUGGAAGCAGUUCCAACACUGGCAGUAAUGGAUGGUCCGCUAGAGCCAUCAUCUUCUACUACCUCCAGUAUAGCGGAUGUACCGGAUGAUCGAUCUUUUGUGAACUUCUUCAGUACUGCCAUGAAUAUUGGAAGUGCUCCGAAUGUAGCGAUUGCUGGGCAGCCAUACCAUUCAUCUGCAACUGCGGUUUCUGCUCAUCCACAGAGUGCGCUGCCCACUUUACCAUCUGCCCAAGCACCAGCCACUUUAUCUACUUCUACCCCUAUCAUGUCUAUUCUCGACAACCCUGAAGCUAAUGCUGCUACAAAGCGCUCAACGGAUCUGGUAAAGCCGUCAUCCUUUUUUGGUCCACACCCUUCCUCUUCCCCGCUGAUUAUACCUGCUAUAACUUCAUCCGUUCCCACUGCCCCUCCGCUGAAUCCUCCUGGGAAUGUACAACGACCAUAUGGUGCACCUUUGCUUCAGCCGUUUCCACCACCAACACCCCCACCAUCACUGACUCCAACUUCUGUUCCUACACCAAAUUAUGGGCCUGUUAUAAGCAGAGAAAAAGUCAGGGAAGCGCUUCAAAUGCUUGUUCAGGAUAAUCAAUUCAUUGACAUGGUUUACCAAGCAGUGCUGAAUGCGCACCAGUCAUGAUGAUUCUGGAAACGCUGGUGGUGUUCGAUCUCCUGUCUCUACCCAUUAGAGAGAAACUUUAUUAGUUGCCUUAAGUUGUGUAGGUUUCUCUCAAAACUAACAUGUGCUAGACAGUUUUUGUAUAGAGUUCAAUGUAAUCUUGUAGUUGAUAAAAGCUGUGAUAUGGUGUUGUUUUGCCCGUCUCCAUCUUUAGUGGACAUCAUGGUUAAAUGGCUUGUUCGUAAUCGAGGUUGUCAGUGUACUUUGAGCUGCUUGUGAAAAGGAACUUCAGUUUAACUUGGAGUUAUUUGUACAAUUUUUGCACAAA